AUGGAGACGCUGACCGCGUGUAGCUGCUGCCUACUGCGGGCCGCGGACAAGGACCUGCAGACGCCGUACUCCCGGCUCGGCGCGCCCGAGAUCUACUCCCACAUGCUACGAGAAUGCUUCGGCAUUCACAUGACACUGAGUGGUGAUGAAUCAUGCGGAAUCUGCUUGGUGUGUGUGGGCCGUCUGCGAGAUGCGAGUGACUUCAAGCUGCAAGUGCAGCGUACUCAGGCAGAGCUGCAGGCGCGGCUGCAGGAAGGGGCACAUGUUAAAGGACCGGUGUUUGUGGGGAGGAAUAGCGAGCAAAAGAUCCGCACUAGAUCGCAGUCGGUGGUCACUUCCAUCCGCCAGAAAUCUAAAACGUUCUGCAAGGCCAAAUAUAAAUCUUAUGCAGACGUUCUGCAGGCGCUCCAUCUUAUUAAGAAGUUCCUCAUUAAGGUCCAGGGUCGCAAUGUCCCCAUAGUCCAAAAGAGGAAGCAAGAGAGAGCGGGCAAGGAUAACCUUCGUUCGAAGUGGGAGAAAAAGUCGAGCUUGAGCGAGCGAGAGUGCUUUAAUGCCGAGGAUUCGGCCGCGAGCGACGACGACUGUAUAUUGCUUGUUGGAGACGGCGCCGUUGGAGCGAGGACGGAGCCGGUGCUGUUUCUGUCCGCGCGCGCGCGGGAACAGCUCGCUCAGGCUUGCUGCGUGAGGCUCGAGCGCCUCCGCGACUCACCGUGUCCCGCGACAUCACACCGCGAGCCGAGCUCCGCCAGCAGCGUGCAGGACGUGACGUCACACCGCGAGCCGAGCCCCGCCAGCAGUGUGGAGGACGCGCCUGCUCACACACCCGCCGUCAGCGCCGACCGACAACCCUACACCUGCGAUACUUGCCACACACAGUUCACAGACAAGGCUACAUUAAUCACACAUAUACAGAACCCUACUACACGAACAGACGAGAGUGAAAUUCUCUUGGUUAAACAUGAUGGAAAGAAACCAUAUGUAUGUAAAGUUUGUAACAAGCGGUUUACACAAAACGGGCAUUUAAAAAGACAUUUGGCAAGUCACAGUGGAGUGAAGCCAUACGUAUGUAAGGUUUGUAGUAAGCGAUUCACAACAAAGGCGUCAUUACAUUUCCAUGAGAAUAUUCACAGUGGAGUGAAACCAUACGCGUGUAAGGUUUGUAACAAGGGGUUUGUAAGAAUAGGGCAUUUAAAAACACAUGAGAAUUAUCACAGUGGAGUCAAACCAUACAUAUGUAAGGUUUGUAACAAACGGUUUACACGUAGCGAGGGUUUAAAUUACCAUGAGAAAACUCACAGUGGAGUCAAACCACACAAAUGCAGAGAAUGUAACAUGCUAUUUACAGCAAAAAGUAGUUUAAAUCGUCAUGAGAGGACAUUACACCUUGGAGUGAUGUCAUACAUAUGUAGAGUUUGUAGUAAGCGAUUCACAACAAAACAUUCAUUACAUUUCCAUGAGUAUAGUCACAGUGGAGUGAAACCAUACGUAUGUAAGGUUUGUAACAAGAGAUUUGGACGAAAGGACCACUUGCAAAUACAUGAAAGAAUCCAUAGUGGAGUGAAACCAUACUCGUGUAAGGUUUGUAACAAACAGUUUGCACAGAGAGGGGCUUUAAUAGCUCAUGAGAGUAUACACAGUGGAGUCAAACCAUACACAUGUAAGGAAUGUAACAUGCUAUUUGCAACAAAAAGUAUUUUAAAUCGUCAUGAGAGAACAUUACACCUUGGAGUGAUGUCAUACGUAUGUAUGGUUUGUAGCAAGCGAUUCACAACAAAACAUUCAUUACAUUCCCAUGAGAAUAUUCACAGAGGAGUCAAAUCUUACAUAUGUAAGGUUUGUAACAAGCGGUUUUCACAAAUGGGGCAUUUAAAAAGACAUGAGAGAACACACAGUGGAGUGAAGCCGUACAGUUGUGAGGAAUGUAACAACAAGUUUACAUUAAAGUGUGAGUUAGAGAGACAUAAAAGAAUCCACACCGGCGAGGAGUCGUACGAGUGCGAGAUAUGUGAAUCUAUCUUUUUUGAUGAAGCCAGUGUAAUAACACAUCUUAAUACUCAUACGACCAAAAUAGCAAAGCCUUGA